CUUAUUAAUCUUAAUGCCUUUAAUCUCCUUCUUUUCCUUCUCCUGCCCAAUUUGCCAAAUUUGCUAUUGCCAUUCCAAUUCCAUUCAGCUUUCGAACAUAGAAGAGCUUUUCAUCUUCAUUUUCAUCACCAUCUUAUGAUUCCUAUCCUUCCUUUUUUCUUUUACAUUUCUCGAUAACCCGAACGCAGGGACUCCUCUCCCAAUAUUUGUCAAAAUUCAUUCUUUCUCCGUCUUUCUCUUUUGCCCAUUCUUUCUUCCACCAUUUCUCUAUCUCUUUCUUUGGUAACUAACCGGACGAACUCCUUUUUUUCUUUUUUCUUUUUUUUUGGGGACCAAUCCACUUGUUUUAUUUUUACCUCAACAAAGAAAGAAUUUUAAAAAGGCAGCCAGCCAAGUUGUAGUAGGACGAUGAAGACGUCGCUGAAGAAGCUCCGAGGAGCCCUUAGGCAUGAAAGAAAAGGGCAUAGGCUUCAAAGGAUUCGGGCCCAAUUGGAUGAGCUCGAUCAGGCAUCUCAGGACAUGAAAGAUAUGAGAGAUUGUUAUGACAGAUUACUUUCAGCUGCAGCUGCCACUGCAAACAGCGUUUAUGAAUUUUCAGAAUCACUUGGGGAAAUGGGUGAUUGUCUACUUGAGAAAACUGCUUUGACUGAUGACGAGGAAAGUGGUAAAGUUCUGCUCAUGCUGGGAAAAGUGCAGCUAGAGCUUCAGAAACUUGUUGAUAGCUAUCGCUCUCAUAUAUUCCAGACAAUCACAAUCCCAUCAGAGUCCCUUCUUAAUGAACUCCGCAUUGUUGAGGAGAUGAAGAGACGAUGUGAUGAGAAAAGAGAAAUAUAUGAUGAGGUCAUAAAAAAAUCCAGAGAGAGAGGGAGGUUAAGGAGUAGCAAGGGCGAGUGUUUUUCAUCUCACCAGAUGCAAGCAGCUCAUGAUGAGUAUGAUGAGGAGGCAAAUACAUUUGUAUUCCGAAUGAAAUCUCUGAGGCAAGGACAAUCACGCAGUCUUUUAACACAGGCAGCUCGACAUCAUGCUGCUCAGUUGUCUUUCUUAAGAAGGGCUCUCAAAUCGCUUGAGGCAAUUGAGCCACAUGUCAAGCUAGUUGCUGAAGAGCAACAUAUAGACUACCAAUUUCGUGGACUUGAAGAUGAUGAUGGGUAUGAUGACGAUGAUGACGAUGAUGAUGAUGAUGAUGCUGAAGGUGGCUCCGAAUCACAGGAUGACAGUGAAUUGAGUUUUGACUAUGGACAAAAUAACCAGGGGCAAGAAGUUGAUGCAUCAAGAUCGUCAAUGGAG